AUGCCCGUCUCUAGCCACUGGACCACGACCCACGAGUUGCAUCGCCGCUCAAAGCUUCACCUGAAGAGAGGCAGUGAAAGCCACAGAUUUCAAGAGACUCGCUCUCCUAGUAUUGGUCUAGACUUGGAAGCAGCCAUUUCGGCAGGCCAGAGUCUACUCACUACGAGUGACACCGAACAUUCUAAUCCAACCCGAUCAGCUUCAUUUUUGGUUCCGUCAAUUGUUUGGUCCAUAUUUAGAACAGAACGCAACGUGUCCCGGACUCCCGUUUGGCUCGCCAAGACAACCCUGGAGAGAUGCGUCACGUUACGUCACUCGUUUUCUUAUUCGUCCGAUUUCUUCGGGUUUUGUUUCGUGGGGAGCUGGGUUCUCAACUUUACCUUCCUUGUAUUAAAAGCACGAGGUUUCAAAAUGCGAGUUUCGGCGAAGUCUUAUCAUAGUAUGACAGCGUCUUGUUUCACAAACCUCCAUUUUAUUUUGAAGCAAAAUAACGCCCACCGGAUCAUUACCUUCAUUACCGCCCUCUUGACCGCCGCGUCAUUAAUUCCAUUUACAUUUUCCUUUUGA